ACUGGUCACUUGCUUCAUGGAUAAGCGAACAAGUGCCUGCUCCUGGGACUUUUACUCUGGAAUGGAAUGGCACACAAUUGGUGAUGAAACGCCGAGGGGCACCUACUGGAGCAGUGGAACCUUGAAAGAUAGGAGCUUUGAGUUCAUUCCUUUGUUGGAUAAUAUCUACAGUUUUAACAGUGUUUCGAAUGCAAACGAGAUUUACUUUAGCUAUUCAGUUCCAGAAGGAGUUGUUUCACACUGGGUAUUGACCUGGGAAGGGGAACUUUUUGACACUAGUAGACCCGUAUUUGUGCUGAACGAUCAGUGCAAUAGGUAUGAAGAAUAUCCAGGGUGUGCAGUGCAAAACCUACCCGCUUGCAGGACUAGAAAAGACGGAUUCAUGAAGCAAUCGGUUCUCAGAUCAGGAUAUCCAUCAUUAAUGAACAUAGAUACGAGCUUGGGCCUUAGUGAUUGUCAGGCUAUAUGCUGGAAUGAUUGUUCUUGUACUGCUUAUAAUAGUAUAGACACUAACGGAACUGGAUGUCUGUUUUGGAGUACAAAAUUUGCACAAGCCCUCAAGGAUGACGCAAAUCAGGAGGAGCUCUAUGUUUUAUCCUCAUCACGAGUUACGGGGAGCAGUUGGUGGAUAUGGGUCAUUAUUGCAGGAGUGGUACUUGUGGUCUUGUUACUUACGGGCUCCUUAUACUAUUCAAGGAGAAAAUUCAGAGGGGAGAGAGAAAUGGAGGAAGCUGCGCUGCUUGAAUUGACAACUUCAAACAGCUUUAGUGAUUCAAAAGAUGUUGAACAUGAUGGAAAGAGGGGGGCUCAUGAUCUUAAACUGUUCAGUUUUGAUUCUAUUGUGGCUGCCACGAAUAACUUUUCAUCUGAAAAUAAACUUGGAGAGGGUGGCUUUGGCCCGGUUUAUAAGGGGAAAUUACCUGAGGGGCAAGAAAUAGCAGUGAAGAGACUUUCAAGGGGCUCCAGCCAAGGAUUGGUGGAGUUUAAAAAUGAGAUUAGACUGAUCGUCAAACUCCAACACAUGAAUCUUGUUAGACUUUUGGGUUGUUGCAUCAAGGGAGAAGAAAAGAUGUUAAUCUAUGAGUUCAUGCCCAACAAAAGCUUGGACUUCUUCCUCUUUGGUUUGAAUACUUCCCUUUUUUUCUUCCUUUUAUCUGCAUGACUUUUCCUUAUGUUCUUAUCUUUUUUUUUUUUUGCUUGAAACAAUUUACUAGUUGUGUGUUGUGU